CCCUCGCCCCCAUCCUUGCAUCAUCUUGGAUUGCAGCAGCCAUGGAGGGCUUUACGGUUGAAGACGAAACCGUGCCAACGGUGUCCCCUUCCGUUGCACCGAAGACAGAGGGCGAGGCGGAUGGAUCGCCUCAGCAUUUCGACCUGUCCGCGGAGGAUCCGGAGCUGGAGGCGGAUGGCGGCUAUGACAACCGAGCCUCCAGCUUCGAGCAGGCCUUUGACCGAAACCUUCCCGCUGCAGCUGCAGGUGGGAACCUGGAGCAGAUCCGAGAGAGGCUGCAAUUUCUAAGCAUCGAGGAUCAGAAGACGGUGUGCCGACGCGAGUGUCAAAUCGCGCAGCAACAGCACGAUGCUCUGCAGCGCCAGCUCCAGCAAACCAUCGACAGGUAUCGCCGUGUGGUGCAGUUGCACGGUGCCAUGACUUCUCACGCGGGCGCGGGUGAGAGCGCGGUUCGCAGCGAGUGCGUGAUGGACGAAGAGGUGCUGCAGAAGUACCGGGAAAGGAUUGAGCUAUUGGAAAAGAUGCUGUCCACGUUAUGCAGCGAAGCCACCGUGUCCUUACCUCGGCUGACACCCAUGGAACGAGCCAAGGGCUUUGCAUUCUCAUCCUAUGCAAACACCGCAGUGGCAGCCAACAAGCUCAAGGAUGGCACUGCACCCGUGUUGGAGAAUGCCCGCGGCGCGCUGGUCUCCUUUGCCUCCCGCCUGCGUCGCGGGUCCGGAGAAGGUGCCGGAGGCUAUGCGGGCGACACGCCGGCAGCAUGAUGAAAUCUCUUGGCAAAA